AUGGCUUCGCGGUUCUUCCCCUCGCGCCGCACGGGCUUGGCGCUCGCUGCUGGCUGUUUUUUGUUCUCAGCAUUGGCGGCUGCCAAUGUUCGUCCUGGGGAUUUGUCUGUCAGCCAGAUCGAGGAGCAAUUGCAGAAUUGUCCCCUUGUCGAAUCACUCAAUGAGCACAAACGGGCGACGGCCCCUGAGACAACCAGUCUCCUGUCUAAGAUCUUUGCCGUGCUCUUCCCAGGCAGUCCGGCCGUGAACUCUCUCCUGGCGACACUAUAUAUCUCCGGUCCCCCCAACUUCCUCCUAGCACUAUGUCCUCCGGAUAUCGACCCCUCUUCUCUAUCAAUCAUGGUUGCCUUCGCCGUUGGAGGUCUUCUAGGUGAUACGCUGUUCCACCUACUUCCGGAGAUUUUUCUUGGCGAGGACUCUCCCGACCAUGUAAGCUUUGUUAUGGUCGAGCCAAACAAGAACCUGCUCUUGGGCCUGGGCAUCAUGGUUGGUUUCUUCACUUUCGUGGCAAUGGACAAGACACUGCGCAUCGCAACCGGCGGCCAAGGUCACGACCACUCGCACGGCCAUGUUCACGAAGAAGUCACUGCUGCUUCGACAACUGGCAGCGAGAAGAAGGACCAGUCAGGCGAAUUGAAGCAGCGCAAAUCGACCAGGCCUGCAGGAGAAUCGUCUAAGGACGAGACUCCUGAGAAAGAAAUCAACCCUAGUGUUAAGCUAGGAGGAUACCUCAACCUCAUUGCUGAUUUCACACAUAACAUCACCGACGGUCUUGCCCUUUCUUCGUCUUUUUAUGCUUCGCCCACUAUCGGCGCAACCACUACCGUCGCUGUCUUUUUCCAUGAAAUUCCGCAUGAGGUCGGUGAUUUUGCUCUGCUGGUCCAGUCGGGUUUCUCCAAGCGUAAGGCCAUGGGCGCACAAUUCGUCACUGCCGUCGGUGCUUUUCUGGGUACUUUGAUUGGAAUUGCAGUGCAGGAAUUUGGUGGCCACGGCGAUACCCUUAAUGACACCUCUGUCUCUGGUCUGUGGGGAACUAGUCUCUCUUGGGGUGACAUGCUUCUUCCAUUUACUGCAGGAACUUUCCUGUACGUUGGAACGGUGGCUGUUAUCCCCGAGCUGCUGGAGACGGGUCAGGAUAAGAGUGUCGAGGUGCGAAAGACUGUUACACAGUUUUUGGCUGUUGCUGUGGGAGCCGGUAUUAUGCUUGCGUGA